GUAGUCCACGCGCCGAAACUAGGUUAGUUGGAGCCACGGAAGGGGACGCAGCACUGACGCGGACUCGCCGCCUCCACCGCCGCUUCUCAGCACAACUGCUCAUGAGCGACAACUCUAGCUGCCGGUUGCUGUUUCCUACUUGGCGCUUGCUUGUUUUGUAAUCGAGGCGAGUUCAGAUAAACAGGUCCAAAUCCAUAUGCGGGUUUGCUGCCGUGACACUUUUCAGCUGCUCCGCGCUGGAGCGAGUACUUGCGCGUUCACUCCGCCGUUCCUCUGCUUGGUUGUCACACGGACUUUUAUGAUUCACACACUUGGCUAGACUGCGACGUCAACAUGAGAGCUCAAAUUGAAGUUAUUCCCUGCAAAAUCUGUGGGGACAAAUCGUCAGGGAUCCACUACGGUGUCAUCACCUGCGAAGGCUGCAAGGGCUUCUUCCGCCGCAGCCAGCAGAACAAUGCUAUGUAUUCUUGCUCAAGGCAGAGGAACUGCCUCAUUGACCGGACCAACAGAAACCGCUGUCAGCACUGUAGGUUGCAAAAGUGUUUAGCUCUGGGCAUGAGCCGUGACGCGGUUAAAUUUGGCCGUAUGUCCAAAAAGCAACGCGACAGCCUUUACGCAGAAGUUCAGAAGCACCAACAGUCCCAGGAGUGUGCGAGACACGGAGUCCGGGAGGAGAAUGGUGACAUGGUGGACCACGGUCGCACGUACAGAAGAGGCUCUGGUGCGGCCCUGAGUGACCUCGAUGACAUCACAACACUACCAGAAGGCUUGCUGUUCGACCUGCCACUGACCCCGGAGGAUGGAUGUGGAGAUUACUGCAACCUGGACAUCCUGGCCGGCAGUGCAGGCAGCAGCUCCUCAUCUCAGAGCUCACCUGAACAGACCACCUUGGACUUUACCGAGGGCAACCACAACAUUAAACAUGAAUACCAGCUUCUGCAUGACUCCGGACUCUUUUCACAUGCCAUCCUCAACCCGCUGCCAGAGGGCUGCUCCUUAUAUGAGCUUGAGCAUAUAACCCAGAGUGUGGUGAAGUCACACAUUGAAACAAGCCAGUACAGCACAGAAGAGCUCAAGAGAAUGGCGUGGACUUUGUAUAACCCAGAAGAGACACGGCUGUACCAGACAAAGUCAGCUGAGGUGAUGUGGCAGCAGUGUGCAAUUCACAUCACAAAUGCAAUCCAGUACGUGGUGGAAUUUGCCAAGCGCAUCACUGGCUUCAUGGACCUCUGUCAGAAUGAUCAGAUUAUCCUCCUCAAAGCAGGUUGCAUGGAUGUUCUGCUGAUCCGCAUGUGUCGUGCGUAUAAUCCCAUCAACAACACGUUGCUCUUCGAUGGAAAGUUUGCCCCAGCUCAGCUCUUCAAAGCUCUUGGCUGUGAUGACCUUGUGAAUGCCGUCUUUGACCUGGCCAAGAGCCUGAGUCGCCUACAGAUGUCUGAAGAACAGAUGGCUCUCUUCACAGCUGCUGUGCUGCUCUCCCCCGAUCGACCUUGGCUAACUGACGUCCAGAAGAUUCAGAAGCUGCAGGAGAAGGUGUAUGUAGCAUUGCAGCGCUGCCUGCAGAAAGAUGGAGCUUCAGAGGAGAAACUUGCCAAGAUGGUGUCCAGGCUUCCAAUAAUGAAGUCCAUCUGCAAGCUUCACAUCGACAAACUGGAGUUUUUCCGCCUGGUUCACCCGGACACGGCGUACACAUUUCCGCCCCUGUAUCGGGAAGUUUUCGGCAGUGAAAUCACCUUCCCAGACUCCACAGAGGGCUGAUGUCAUUCAUCUGCAAUGGCACAUCAUGUAAAGACACUGGGGAUCUAAGGAGAGUAAGAUAGAAAUUGUGGCAACCAGCUGAGACUAAACCAACCAGCAGCUCAAAGACAUUCCUGCACGCUACACUUUAGCACACACUCCUCUCCCCUCGAACCACCCAACCUUGUGGAGUAGCUUACAUGCCCUGCAAGUCACUCUGUUCCAACACCGCAGAAAUGAUUGCUGGAUUUUAAAGGUGGAUUUAAUUCCCAAUUUUGAGGGAGUUUGAAAAUAUUAUUAAUGUAAUUUGUAUGGAUGAUAAUAUUUUUCUAUGAGGUGACCUUAACAUGGUCAUCACGUCGAAUUUAUUUUGUUCAAAUUGAUUUUCUGUUCUCACAGUUCCUGUAAGCUAUCGUUGAAUGUAGACCCCUUUCCCUUAACUGCUCAGCUCAGCCCAAGGCACGAAAAAAGAAUGUACAUACUGGAGAAUCCUCAGCCAUUCAGUGGAGAUCACAUCUCAGUCAGUGUUUUGUCUCUGUUGAAAUUUGGUAGCACCCGCUUUUACAGUUAAACAAACUGUUUAAAGGGACCACGAUCAAACUCUCAUUUUUUUUAGCUUUGCAUAUUCAUGAGUGGAAUGUUCUGCCAUUAUUAUGCACCUCCAAUGCACAAGGCUUCAACCUAGCACUUAUGCUGUUUGUCAUAGACUUUUGUUUCUGGUAGCACCUCCUUAUGUGAUAAUUUAUCCCAAAAAAAUGACCUCUGUCCUUAAACCGUUUCCAGUAUGCCACUUAAAGAAUGAGUGAAGACGCUCAGCUUUUGUAAAAUAUUUCUUAUGUAAUUUUUAAAAACAAGCAUUUGAGGAGAAAAAUCUGCUCAGGUCUUUCAAAUAGAUACUACUUGCCCGAGCAGCAGUUGAUGAUUGACUCGGCGUAGUUGGGGUUUUGAUAGAAAAAAAGCCAGCAAAAAGUACUUACUCAUGAUCCUGAAGCAACCGGAAGAGCGUCAUCUCUCAGUGUUGGCACCAUUAGAGUUGAAGCUUGAUGUGUCCCACUCACCGAGUCCAUAGGGUCUGAGGGAUUGUUGGGAUGCUUGGAAUUCGGAUUCUGGCAGACCCUGCUGCCAUAUUUUAAAUUUGCCUUCUUUCUACCUCAGUUUUUUUUAACACUAGAAAGAUAAAUCAGCCUGAAUCCAUCAGAUGACAGUCUUGGCCAUAUGUUUGUAACCUUUCUUAUGAAAGUGACUUGCACUGGUUCCUAUUCAGCGAGUAAACUUGAUCUUCCAAAUGCUCCAUCAUGUUGGGAUCAUGACUGGCUCACAUGAAUCUGAUGCGUUUCACCGGCCCACUGAUUAUUCAGCUUUAACAUAUUAUAAACCAGCUCCUUGCACUUUUUUUUUUUUUUAAUUUGCCAAUUCUUUCUGAGACAAAGAUUUUAAAGAGGAUCUAUAAUGAGGUUAAUGGUUGGCCAAGACUGUUUACACUGCAGAAUGUAACUAUUUAAAGUUUUCUUUUUUUAUUAAGCUCUUAAAGUGACAACAGCAGAUAAACAUGCUGGAUCGAAUCUUUAGAUUUUUUGGAUUAGGGCCUUUCAGGGAGAGGUGGGUGGUUUCAAUCUCAAAGUAGCAAGACCUUUCUGGUAGUAUUAUGAAGAAGCUGCAUACAUAAUACAUGCCGUUUUUCUUUGUGCUGCUGGGACAGUGCUUGUCAUUACACACCAUUUUAAGCGUAUAGGGUCCUAAACUUAGUGGCAUGGUGGGAUAGUGCAAUAAUGUCUUUCCCAUUGUUCUCUUUAUAUUUCGGUCUUCAUUGCCAACCGGUUUGCUACAACUAAUGUUCUCAUAUAACCUGAUGAAUCCUGACACGGUCAGAUGACACAGAUUGUAACAAGGUGCGAUAGAUUGUAAGAGAAUGUUGGUUUCGUACGACUUUGAAGUUGCUGCCCAGGUAGUAGUGCACUUACGUUUGGAGUUCCUCAGGGAAAUCGCUAGGCACUCUGUCCUUUGUCUACAGUUAGUUCUGCUAACAAGACAUCCUGCACCACAAACUGUAAAAGACCUUAAACCUUGAUCACUGUGUAUAGUUCUUGUGAAUGUCAGAGUACAGAAAUAACAGUUUUACCCGCAAUAUGAUUAUUGCUACACUUUUCAGCUUGACUCAAAAGUAGAUGAGAUAUUUAAACAAAAAAAAAAAGAUAACAAAAAAAUGUGAUGAACGUAAAAGAUUAAUUAUUGUAUUUGAAUUUUGUGUUUGAUUUGUUGUGAUCUUAAUUUUUAUCCAGAUUUUUUUUCUCAUCUUGUUUAGUGUCCUUCUUGUCAUGGAGAGAUGUAAUUAUAUAUUUUUUAAAGAGCAUUUUUAAAGAUGUCUCCUGAACAUUUAUCUUCUGUUUUGAUCCUUUUGUUGUGUAUAUUUUUACUUCCUUUUAAGAUUAUUAUUAUUGUUAUUGUUAUUAUUAUUGAAUCGAUAUAGAAUUAAGUGAACUAUAUUUUAUUAAGUGUAAUGGACACAAAAAGUCCAAGAGGUUAACACAGUAAAGCGUUAUUGCACAAUGGUGAUAAGUGGAUUUAAGAAUGUAAUAAAAGUCAUUUUUCAA